UACGCAGCGGCUGCGGUCGCGGAACGACCAGCACUCAGUCCGACUAAGUCAGUCGUUUUUCGUCCGGCGUUUCGUCCGCUUCACUUUUCGCGCGUCGUGCCAGUGCGUGUCCAGUGCUGCUCGUCCACUGUUCGGUUUCAACACCGACGUUUUUUAAUCCCCCCGCGCAGACAAUGGACAAGUUCGCGCUGUCCGCCGUAUUCGUGUGCUUGGCCGUGACCAACUUCGCCAGCUGGGGCGUCAACGGCAUCGAAGGGGAAACGGACCUGAACGAUUUGCAGGACACCGUCAAGAAGACCCUGAUAAGCAAGCUGCCGGACGCUGAUAUAUCCGUCUUGGAACAGUUCAACAGUUCUAUACCGGCUUUGGACGAAGGCGAACGAGUGUUGAAAGAGAAAUGUUUGAAAAACAGUCAGCUAAACAAUUCUUUCGAAAUUACUAUGGAUGCCAAAAGAGAUUUUGAAGGUUGUGUGACAAAAUUAGUUGAUGUCAAUACCCUAAAAGAAGAAAUUAAAAAAGCUGAACCCCAUGGUGAUGUUGAUGUGGUGUUCAAAAAAUACUGCAAAAAGUCACCAGAAUUAAAAGAAUGUGUUAUGAAUUUCACUUCUACUUUAGAUAUAUGUUUGGAUAAAGAAGAAAAAGACAGUAAAAAAAUUCUUCAGAGUGUUACUGAAGCUUUAUUAGUUUUUGUGUGUCACGAUGAUGGUGAUCGUAUAGCUUUGUUUUAUUCAGAAGGUGGUCCAGAUUGUUUGAUGAAUAAACGAGAAGCUGUCAAUCAUUGUUUUAAUACAUCUUUUGGUAAAUAUAUGUCUAAUGCUGAACCAAACAUGACUAAUUUGCCAUCAUUCAAAUUUGAAGAAGAUCAGUGCAAGAGUAUGCACGAGCUUCAACUUUGUGUUGUUAAUGAAUUAAUUAAAUGUUCUCAACCAACACCAGGUAAUAUUAUUGAGUCAUUGUUUGAGUUUGUACGUCGAUCAACACCUUGUUCCAAAUUUGUUAACUCUGAAACACAAAAUGGAUCUGAAGAUACCCCCCUACUAUCAAUGAUCUCAGUGACAGCCUUAGGUGUUUUAACAAUACUUCUAGGCCGUAUUAACUAUGAAUAAAUUAAGUAUACUUAUCACUGGUAGUACUUACUGAAAAAUGAAAUAACUUUAUGCAGUGGCUAAGUGGCUUACAAUCAAAACCCUUCAUAUACCGUGACAUUUAUGUGGAUCUAUAUCUUUGUACAAUAAUCAUCUAUAUUUAAAUUGUUUAAAUGUAAUAUUAGUUUCAAAAACAUGUAUAAUUACAUUACUUCUUAGUUAGUUAUCCCUUGUUUGUUAACUCUAGAAAAAAGUUUAGAACCAUCAUAUUAUAAUAAUUAUAAUAAUAGUGUUAUAUGACUUGUCACCACUUGUUAAAGACCAAUUAUCAAUUACUCAUAUCAUUGUCAUAAAUGGUGGACAUGAAGAUAGUUUUUAUAUUAUUUUAGUUGUUAAUUUCAAAAUUUUCAUUUAUUAUACUUAUUACAUUUAUCCUAAAGACGACUGUAUUAUUUAUGGUCAUUAAGUUUUGGUGUACAGGAUCAACUCAUAUUUUAUUUUAUAAACGUCUGUGUUUUUUUAUUAUAAUUUAUGUUUUGUAUAUU